AUGUUGAAGAGGAUACAACUCUUCCUUGCUGUCACCAUUCUUUUGGUGGCGUUCCGGACGGUUGCCGCCCAGGAUACGAUCGCGGCGCCUCCGUUGGUACGCCUCGGUAUACCCUCAAAUCUAUCAGAUUACGAAGCCGUCUGUGGAUUCGUAGGAGAUAGCAACAUGUAUGGCAAAGGAAUCCGCAUUGGGAUGUACCUCCAAUGGAUCACCUCGAGUCUUGCAUACAACUUUGUGCCAGAAGAAGCCGUGAACAUGCGACUGAUUUAUAUUACGGUUAACAACCAGGAGCUCUAUGCCGUGGAAUGUUGGAUCGUCCUUUUGAUGUGUAUGGGGGGCGUGGCUUCAGAACGAGGUUUUGCGAGCUAUAAGAGCUCUGAUAUUGGACGACUCAUCAAACUGAUACUCGGUCUGGCUAUCAUCGGCUACUGGGCAUGGUUC